AUGCGAAGAAACGGCGGCUCGCCUGGCGGCUUCUCCAGCCUGCGCCCGGCCGUGCUAGGAGCCGGCCGGCUGCUGGGCAUGGGCUUCUCGACCGUCGCCGCCGCGCCGCUGUCAAAGAGCGGGCACGGCGGCGGCGGCGAUGACGAGGGUGAGGGCCAGCCGCUGUGGGUGCUCGCCGUGGCUUCCAUGGUGCUUGUUCUUCUGGGCGGCGCCUUUGCUGGCCUGACGAUUGCGUUGAUGGGCCAGGACAGCAUCUACCUCCAGGUCGUGUCGGGCGACCCGACAGAGCCACAGCACAAAAACGCCGGUCGCGUGCUCAGCCUUCUCAAGAAGGGCAAGCACUGGGUGCUGGUGACGCUGCUGCUGGCCAACGUCAUCGUCAACGAGUCGCUUCCCGUCGUCCUUGACCGCACCCUUGGCGGCGGCGUCGCGGCCGUCGUUGGCUCGACAGUGCUCAUCGUUAUCUUUGGCGAAAUCGUCCCCCAGUCCAUCUGCGUCCGCUACGGCCUGCCCAUCGGCGGCUACAUGUCCAAACCCGUCCUGGCGCUCAUGUACCUGCUCAGCCCCGUGGCGUGGCCGACGGCAAAACUCCUCGACUGGAUCCUCGGCGAGGACCACGGCACCGUUUACAAGAAGAGUGGGCUCAAGACACUCGUCACGCUGCAUAAGUCGCUCGGUGAGCUGUCGGAGCGGCUCAACCAGGAUGAGGUGACCAUCAUUACGGCCGUGCUCGACCUCAAGGAUAAGCCCGUGUCCGAGGUCAUGACGCCCAUGGAGGAUGUCUUCACCCUGGCCGAGGAUCAUAUCCUCGACGAAAAGACCAUGGACACGAUCCUCUCGUCGGGCUACUCGCGAAUCCCAAUCUACCGCGCUGGCAACCGCACCGACUUUGUCGGCAUGCUGCUCGUCAAGACGCUCAUCACAUACGAUCCCGAGGACCGCAUCCCCGUCCGCGACGUCCCCUUGGGCGCCAUCGUUGAGACGCGGCCCGAGACGAGCUGCCUCGACAUCAUCAACUUUUUCCAGGAGGGCAAGUCGCACCUGGUCCUGGUGUCCGAGUACCCUGGUUCCGACAAGGGGGCUCUGGGCGUCGUUACGCUCGAAGACGUGAUUGAGGAGCUCAUCGGAGAGGAAAUCGUGGACGAGUCGGACGUGUACGUGGACGUCCACAAGGCCAUCCGCCGCCUGACACCCGCACCCCGCGCCCGGCGUGUGCACGGGCACUCAGAGGUUGCCACGGCGGCCACGGCGGCGGCCCUCGCGGCUAAGAACCGUAGCGACAUCCUCGUCGACAUUGCCGAGCACCCAGACGGGCAGUCCGUGACCGUGGGCUCGCUCGGCGCGCAGAGCGACUCUGGCGCGCAGGAGCAGCGCCCCAAGACGGCCAUCUUCAUGAAGCGGCGCAGCUCGGCCGGGCCCGAUGGCCAGGCCAACGGCGGCGGCGGCGGCGGCGGCGGCGGCACUGUCCCCGUCAAGGCAUCGCUCAACGACAUGAGACAGCAGCUGCGCCUCGGCCCCGCUAACCUCGCCUCGCACCCGCGCAACAUGACGCGCAACAACGUCUUUAAGAUCAAGCAGGGCCUGAGCGUCACGACGCUCGUGCCCGCCGACACCAACGGAAAGCCGGGGCAACCCCACCAGCACCCGCCUACGUCCAAGCCCGUCGACGGCGAGGGGGCGGCGACGCCCGACGAGGGUGAGGGCGAGACUGCGCCGCUGCUGAAGGGCCUCAACGGCAACGGCAACGGUAGCAGUAACGGCGAGGGGUACGGGUCCGACGCGAGCAAAGGCAAGAGGAACGCGGACGGGCAAUAA